AGCUUUGAUUAAUGAUUAUUCUAUACAAUUAAUAUAGGAUGUCAAUAACUCCUCUGACCACGCUAACCAGUGCUCCAAGUAAUGGACAUCAGUCUUCCUUGGAGAACUUCAGCGUGCGGCGCACCGAGUCUAUUGAUGCUCCUCAGAUCAUGAAGCUUAUUGAACGAAGUACAGAAAAAUGUUUCGGUAAAGUCAACGUAGUUAACAUCAUAGAAAAAGCUGUCCUGUCAAUAACACUGACCAGCUCUAACGGAGAAGUGCUUGGUUUUGGAGCUUUCUACGACUACCCAAACAGUAAAUCCUACGAUCCUAAACUAUGGGAACACGAUAUGAUCCCAAAGUACGGAUUGGAGGGAGUCACUCCUCUCAACUCCCUGUUUCUGCAUUACUUUGUGGCCAAGAGACCGUAUCAGCACGACAUCGCUCAAGAGAUUAUCAGAACAGUGUACAAUGCUUGCGUUUAUGUGCAGAGUAUUUUCCUCCUUAGUGGCACAUCACACCUGGGAUCAGCACUGCUGGAGAACUUUGCGCGUGUGAAGAACGGACAGAAGGAAGAGAAAUUGUUCUUAUGUCAGCGUCAUGGGCACGUGCCACAGCUGCACAUCAGGGAAGCGCGCCCGGAGGAUAAUGACGAUCUUGCGCCGCUCUUCACUCAGCAGAACAAAGUCCUAAGCGAGACUUACGGGGACUACUUCCUGGCGGAGCUGAUAGAAGCACAGGACGAGAACCACAAGGCUCUUGUUGCUGAGGUUGGUGGUCUGGCUAUUGGGUUCAUGUGCGUUUCAACUGAAGUUGAUGUUGAUCUGCUGAACAAGUGUUUCGAGCUAAAACCCUACACUUUCCUUCACAAAGUUAAGAAGAAAGAGGAAACCCCUGAUGAUAAUACAAGCGUGGCGUCAGAAAGUGUGGUUGAAGAUGAAGUUGAAGAUGAAGUUGACGAAGAUUUGGCAAGAGAAGAAACUCUUGAUAUCGAGACAUCCUCAGUUGAUCGUAAAGUGCCAUCACAAACAUCACUUAAAAGUGGGCCAGCUGCAAAAUCCUCUAAAGGAGAAGUAUCUGCUGCAGACAGCAACAGAAGUGUUUCAAUCCCUCCCUCUCAUGUCUCAGAACCUCAAUCAGAAACAUCUGAAAAGCCCAAGGACACAGAGGAGGUAGCAGAAGCAGUUGAGGAAGUGAUUGUUUCUGCUGAACCUAUAGAUUUUGGGGAACCUACCGCGUUUUGCAUCCAACUUUUCUGCAUUGAUGAACGAUAUGAAAUGCGGAGCAUUGAUUUUAUGACAGAGGCCUUCAAAAGAUUCCCGGACAAAGAUUACUGCGUGCUGACAAUCCCCCACACAAUAUCUGAGUUCCCGCUACUCCAAGUAUUUGCAAGGUGUACACCCAAACCCACAUCAACCUUAGAACAAGAGUUGUACGUGUUCCACAGAUCUGCUCUGUUACAGAAUAUUACAGUUAGGUUCGGUACUGAACAGGAUACCACUGGAAUCAGUUACAUAACCCGCAAAUACAAAGGAAAGAGUACAGUGCUAGCAGAUUAUAAUCAGUAUUUGAGUGCAAUGAGAGACGAGGAUGGAACUCCACUUUAUGGAAUUGUAAUGGAAUGUGGGAAACAGAUCAUUGGAGUUGCUAUUAUGAGGGCUGAAAUGGAUACGGAAUAUCUGAGGUCGCACUAUGGACUGGAGGAUUUCAUCUACUUUACUCAACAUUCCCCUCGAGAACAUGGCCAUCUCUACCACUGUGCUGUGUCUGCUACAUUCACUAACUUUACCAAGUUCUUCCUCAGAGAGUGUUUACGACUGUGUGAGAUGAGCUGUAUGUAUUACAACGUGUACGAUAGUGCAACGUCACAAAGCAAGCCCCAGUCUACUGUGGAGGCUCUUCAUCAUCUAGUUCAGAUCAGACCCCGGCGUCAGAUCAAAUACCCAGUAGAACUACUAAAAGGAAGUCCCCCUGCCACCUACGACAAUGUUCCUAUUGCUGGCGUUCUGAAAACUCUUCCUCCCUUUGCUCUCUUCCACAUCAACAGGAAGCUAACUCUAGAGCCUAAGAUGGUAAUCAACAGCCGCAUCGUAGUGGUGGGAGCAUCAGAUGUGUCGCUCAGUUUCUUAGAGACACUUAUCCUGUGUCCCCACAUGCACUUCAACAACUUGGUACUAAUCUCCCCGGAGGGGUUGCCCCUCACCGCUCCCUCAUCUCUCCCCUCCUCCCUCUCCUACCCUCCUGAGUACAUGAACAAGAUCAGCCUGGCUACUUCCUGCAACAUUGUCAACGCUAAAAUGACGAGUGUAAACCGGGCAGAGCAGUUUGUUGAAGUGGACAACGGACGGAAAGUCCAGUACGAUUACCUGGUACUCUGCACUGGUAGUCAGUUCCAAUGCUCCCUCCCUCAGGUCGAGGAAAAGAAACUGUCAGUAAGUUCCCCUGUCAGCCGAGACGUGUCCGCCGUUGCCAAAAUACAACCGUUUGUGCCGCCAUCACAAGCUACUUCCCUGGACAGUAUCUCCAAAGCAGAAGGAAUAGCGGACUGGGUCAAAUCACACCCAGGUCCAGUAACAGUCUACGGAACGUCUCUCACAUCCUACACCACAAUACAAGUCUUGUUAGAAGCAGGUAUUCCAGAUAUCACCUCCGUCCAACCUCCUACAAUUGUCUCCUGUUUUAACAACCCACAAGUCCUGGAGAUCGUAGAGACUUCCAUGACAGAUGCAGGAGUGAAGAUAAUGCGGGACUACGUGUUGUCGGGAUACAGCUGUGAGGAGGAGGGAGCUCUGUCAGGAAUAGAGCUGACACCUACCCAGGGGGCUGUGGAGACAAUCCCCUGCUCCUCGCUUAUCACCCUACAGGAUAAGAUCAUAGACAACGACACUUUCCAGGGUAUAAACAACAGCUGUCUUGUGUUUGACGGGAGACUGGUUAUUGACACGGACUGUCACACUAACGACCCUGUUAUCUACGCCGCGGGCCCGCUCACUAAAUACAAACGGGCCUUUUACUGCGACGAGUUCACUCACGAUAUCUACUGCUCUAAAGAAAUAGGAGAGAGAUUAGCAAGUAUAAUGUUGCCGAUAUUCGACCCCUCCUUUCCUCCUGUUGAAGAAGUGGAACAGUAUGAACUCCCCAAAUAUGUCAGACCUAAACAAGUCUACGCCAAAUUACCAGGAGGAUACCACUACCUGAAUAUUAGUAAACCACAGCCACUGGUAGAGUUACAAACUGCCAUGAUGGACCCUAACUACGGUAGAGAGCUGAUAACCGGGGAUAAAGAGACUGGUUAUUUCAGACUACACUUGAACCAGUACCACACAGUAGAAACUAUCACGUGUUUGUCUAAAACGGAGAUAGAGAUGGGCAACAUCUGCCAACUCUAUGGUUUACAUCAGCAAUACAUGAACUCACUCGAGGAGCGGUUCGAUGGGGGACUCAUUACAGACUUCUUCGCGUACUUGAGAGAGCCGUGGAGUCUGAUUCUGUACCACGACCGGUUCGCGGAGCUGAGAGAAGAGAUAAAAGAGCUGCUGACCCAGCCCAACCAGCCGGGAGAGGAGUCUCUGAGCGAGAAAGUGUGUCAGCUUGUUGACGAGGAUCUCGCCAUUGAAGAUAAAACUAAACUCGCUCUCUUUGCUGAGUACAACGACAGUCUGGCUAAACAAUCCAUUGAGAACAGAUUGUUUUCCUACCUGUCUUACAACAAGUACCACCUCCCACACUACGCUGGGCGGAAUAUGGCAUGAACUUUACCUACUGUGGGCUGGAAAGUCAACCAUUGAUAACAGGCAUGUCAAGGACUGGGCAUUUUUAUUUCAUAGCGAAUUUGUGUCUUUCAACUGAUAUUCCAAAAGGAUGGAGACAUGCUUUUUUCUUUACCAUCGUGUUUUCAAAAUCUACUUUUGCCUUUUUCAGAGAUGUUCUGUCAAUUGAUAGACUAUAAGCCUCAAGAACAUAUUUUAUUCUUUUGAAAACUGCAGAGCAUGAUUUAGUAUAUUAUGUCAACAGAUGUUUUAUAAAUGUAAAUUAUUUGUAAAUCAACCAGAAAUUGUAUUGAAUCUUAUUUUGAACCGAUCAUAUCA